AUGUUCGAGCCAAUGUUAGAUCAAAGAAAUAUUUUCUCACCAUUGUUGGAGAAAUUUCUGGCACAUGUCACAGCACAUCAAAGCCCAUUUGAGUCUUGCGCCGAAGGAAGUGAGGAGUUCCAGUCUUGGCUUAAACUUUUAAAGUCGCACCCACAAUUCGCUAUUGAUAUGGCUAUCUCCGCUGGAAAAAACUGGAACGGAACGAAACCUUGGGACGAGGAGCAUAGAUCUGCAUAUACAGAGGAGGAACUCGACUUGAAUGAGAUUUUCGCUCAACAAAUAUUAGAAAGAAGAGAAGAAGAAGAGAUCGAGGCGGCCGCAAAACAGCAUUGUAUUCGUAGCUUGAUUGAACUACAGCAUCUGAACCGUAAGGACGAACAUUGA